GCUGUCCUGCCUCCCCGCUCUCCUCGGCUCGCCUUGACGCGAGAUCGGGAGGAAAAAAAACCCAAAACCCUAGCCCACGUCGCCGGCGGCGAGAUGGCCGUGAACGAGGAGACCUCCGUCUACGUCGGCGGCCUGCCCUACGACGCCGACGAGGAGAUGCUCCGCCUCUACUUCGAGCCCUGCGGCACCAUCGUCUCCGUCAAGGUGAUAAAUGACCAGAGAGUCAGGGGCAAGUGUUAUGGGUUUGUUACGUACACUCACCCUAAGGCUGCUCAGCGUGCUAUCAUGCAAAUGGAUGGCAAGCAAAUAGGUAAUCGUGCUGUUAGAGUAAAUGAAGUGCGGACAAGAGUUGACAACCGUGAGUUUGGGCGUGAUAGUUUCCGUCGGGAUCCUAUAAGAGAUGGAAGGGAUGGAUACUGGGACAGAAGGGAUAGGGAGAGGAGUUAUGAUCGUCACCGCGAUAGAGAUCCCUACCAUGACAGGGAUAGUGAUAGACCUCGCGACCAUGGUAGGGACAGAUAUGAUGAGCGUGGGGGAUUUGAUCAAGAUAUGGACUAUUCCAUGGAUCGAGAUCAUGAAGGAGAUGAAAGGCGUGCUAGAGACCAUUAUCGGGGAGACCAUGAUCGUCCAGUGGAGGCACGUAAUGUGGAUUCUGAUAAUGAAAGAGAGAAGGAAAAUUCAAAAGGCUAUGAUAGUGAAAGAGAUAAAGACAAGGAACAGCCACCAAGGAAAAGGUUCAGCCGUCCGAAAGCUCGUGAUAGCAGAGAGAUUUCAAGUUCCAGUGAUGAUCUUCAUAAUGAUGUAAAACACCAGCUGGACAAGGCCAUUCAGAUGCAUGAGGAUCUUGAAAAUGAGGUUUCUCAGAUCAAAGAUAAGGUUACAAGCAAAGAACACCACAUUGCAGAUUUGCAAAAGAAAUCUCUGAAGUUAGAGGAAGAGCUGGCUGCUGCACGUAAAGUUUCGUCAGAGCGACAAUUGGUUGUCACAAAGCUGUACAAAUGUUUUCUUCAACUUCAGGACUUCAAUGAAAGGGCCAAGAAUGCUGAAAAUGAUCUCAAGGCUCUCGUUGAUUCUGCGAUGGCUGAGAUCGACAUGGCUGAAGAUGCCACGACCAAAGACGGUUCAGGGUACGAGAACGGUGUGGCCUGAAGACCUCUGUGUUUUGAGCCGGAAAUACCUUGAUUAAUUGAUGCCAUCAAGACCUAUCCGUCCUGAGUACCUGUCUGACUUGUGUCCGUCUGUAAUGUAAGCUGCCCUUAGUAUGUCAAUCAGCGCAAUUAUUUAAGUUUGAGAAUCUCUUCGUAGGCUGGCCAUAACAUUCUGGUGGAUGCUGUUCAGAAAUUUCCCCGAAGUAUUUGCGGUUUAAGCCCUUUAUUUGA